AUGUUGUCUAACGCUAAGCUCCUUCUAUCAUUGGCCAUGGCCUCUACGGCUCUCGGAUUGGUAUCUAAUUCUAGUUCCUCUGUAAUCGUGGUACCAUCAAGCGAUGCUACUAUUGCCGGUAACGAUACAGCCACGCCAGCACCAGAGCCAUCAUCCGCCGCUCCAAUAUUCUACAACUCGACUGCUACUGCAACACAGUACGAAGUUGUCAGUGAAUUCACUACUUACUGCCCAGAACCAACGACUUUCGUAACGAAUGGCGCUACAUUCACUGUUACUGCCCCAACUACGUUAACAAUUACCAACUGUCCUUGCACUAUCGAGAAGCCUACUUCAGAAACAUCGGUUUCUUCUACACAUGAUGUGGAGACAAAUUCUAAUGCUGCUAACGCAAGAGCAAUCCCAGGAGCCCUAGGUUUGGCUGGUGCAGUUAUGAUGCUUUUAUGA